AAAAAAGUGAGAAACGAGAUCUUGAAUGAAAGUACUUGAAGCAUGGAGGAAAAAUAAAACAAUCUAUUCACAUUACAAACUGAUACAUAUCAGAACAAAACUCAAAAUUAACAAAGAAAAUGUCAAAAAAUUUCGCGUAAUUAUUUUGCUUGGUCUUGUCAAGUACUUACGCGAUUACUCAUCUUCGUCACUGCCUGCCGUUUUAUCUGCUCGCUUGAUUUAUUUUUAGUGUUGUCUCUGUUCAUUAUAAGUUAUAAAUAAAUAUCCUUGAUACCCUUUGCAACUCUUUAGUGCACCAACAUGUCAAGUUUUUACCAGCGAUUCUCCUGUUUUGCAUGAAUAUUUUCUUUAAAUAUUUAGACAACAGCAACAACAUCGCAGCAUCAAGCAUCACACAUUGUAUCCCUUAACCCGCAUUUAAAUCUUCCGGUUGUCAUCUUCUUUUUCUUUAUGCGUUCUUCGUCAUUAUUAUCAGUAUUCAUUCGCUCAAUGCUUCAAUUUGUUCUUGAAGCCAACCAUCUACUAUGCGCAAGAAAUGAAGGACUUGAUGAUCUCCGAAUGUGAAACAAAUUACUAAUGAGCAUUCAAGAAUAAUGAAAUUUGUCGAACUUGUAUCAUUUACGCUCGUUCACUGCCCAUCCCACCCCACAUACAUAAGUGGAAUUAAAAAAACAAAAGAAAGAAAUCGAAUAUGAUUGACAGCAAUAUUGUGUUACAGUACACCCGAAGAAAAAUAUUUUUUGGACUGUGAAAUGCCAGAACGAACAUAUCAAAACGAUACCACUGGAAGCUUUCAAACAAACUGAAUUUAAUCAAUCCAUCCAUUCGAAACUUCAACAUCUUUACAAAGAAAUUGCCUAAGCCAUCACAUAUGAUGAAUAAGAUUGUUAUACAUAUUAACAACUAAGUUGAUCAAAACCUUAAAAUACUUGGAAGCAGCGGUGGACAACUAGUCCACAAGGCACAGACAUUUUUGCCCAUUAGAAAGACGUUGGUGGAAAUACUUAAAAGAAAUUGGAAAAAAGGACUAACAUUGUAGAUUUCAUGAUGGCAUAUUGCAAUGCUUGAACGUUUUCGUCUUAGUAACUUAAGCCGCCACUAUCGCUUACGAUCUACAGAACUGGCUCGGGAAAAGAAACAAAAGCAGCAAUGUGUUACUGUGCUAUUUCUCGAUGAUACUACCCAUACCUUUCGGAUAGAGAAACGAGCCAAAGGCGUAGAUUUACUUGAGCAAGUAUAUCAGUUUCUCGAAUUAUCCGAAAGGGAUUAUUUUGGUCUAUUAUUUCCAUCAAAACCAGGCGAUGUAGUGCGGUGGGUGGAUGCACAAAAACCUUUUAAGAAACAAUGCAAUAGCGUUGCUUUGGAUAAUGACGCCGUACCACUGCUAGAAUUUAGGGUUAAGUUUUAUGUAAGCGAUCCCAGUCGACUACAAGAAGAAUAUACGCGAUAUCAAUUUUAUUUGCAAAUAAAACGUAACAUAUUGUUGGGCAAAUUGCCAUGCUCGCUUAAUACACAAUGCCUAUUGGCAAGUUAUACAGUGCAAUCUGAAUUGGGCGAUUUCAAUCCCACUGAUCAUAAGGCUGGUUAUUUGAGUAAUAUGCAACUGCUUGUUGACCAAACGCCAGAUGCUGAACGUAAAAUAUCAGAAUUACAUAAAUUGCAUCGCGGCCAAUUACCAGCAGAUGCCGAGUAUAAUUAUUUGGAACAUGCUAAAAGGCUCGAAUUAUAUGGUAUUGACUUGCACAAAGCCAUGGACUCAAAUGGUAAAGAGUUGCAGUUGGGAGUUUCAGCCAUUGGUCUUUUAGUUUUUCAAAACGGUUUACGCAUCAACACGUUUUCAUGGUCCAAGAUGGUGAAAGUUUCGUUUAAACGCAAAGAUUUCUUCAUUCAGCUAAGAAGAGAACCGUCUGAAAGUUAUGAUACGUUGUUGGGCUUCAGCAUGUCCUCACAUAAACAUGCUAAAGCCUUGUGGAAGUCAUGUGUAGAACACCAUUCAUUCUUCCGACUGAAAAGACCGCAUCGAUUAUCACGAUUUCUCAAUUUAAGCCUAGGAUCAAAUAGAUUUUAUUAUUCUGGACGGACUGAACUGCAAGCUGUGCAAGAGUCCAAGCAACGAGUAAAAAUCCAUAAAGCUUUUGUUCGUUCCCCAAGUAAGCGGCUCAUCAGCAUAGGGCCUGGUGGCACUACGAUGCCUCCUUUGGUUAACGGUGCCAGUGGCUCCGAUAGUAAUGGCAGUGUUUCUCAUAAUGGUAAACCUCCGUCCGCUUUAGCUGCCACACAUACGUCCAUUUUAACAAUAACAAAAACUAGCCGUCCACAUCAUGACAAUAAAGUUACGUCUAAACAAUUGGAUACGAUGCCUCGUAAAGCUUGGGAACAGCAAAGUGAUGAAUAUGAUAUUCAGCUUGAUACUGGCUAUAUCGAUCAAUGUGGUCGUCGUUUUGAAUCUCCAGUACCUGCAUAUAGCACGGGAUCUCAUAGUCCAAAUGGCACCCAAUUAGGUGCAGCCAUAACAACCUAUAUUAAUGGAUGUUCUGCAGGACCACCGGAAAGUGGAAGUGAUUUAAUAACCAUACGUCUGUUAGCCGAUGAACAUGGUCGAUUUGGUUUUAAUGUUAAAGGUGGUAUUGAUCUGGGUUUACCAGUUCAAGUAUCAAAAGUUGUCCCAAAUACACCGGCCGAUCGCUGUACACCGCGCGUCUGUGAAGGAGAUGAAGUUGUCCUCAUUAAUGGUCGAGAAGUUGUGGGUCUAAAGCAUGAACAAGUUGUUAGUAUGAUUAAAGAGUGUCGAAACACCCGUACCGGAGAACUGUUACUUACAAUGCGACCUUGCUCAAUUGGUCCUUCUUUAACAGAAGAGGAGGAACCUUUAUAUCAAUAUGUACCGGAAACUGAUGAAAUCGGUUCCCAUUCCAACCUGCUCGAUGGUGAUGCUUUGUUUACCCAAAGUUUAUUGUUGCUAAGUGAUGGUUUAGCGUCUGGUGCACUGUUGGCUCAAUAUGAAUUAAUGUAUCGUAAAAAUCCCGAUUUGGCCAUAACCGAGGCCAGAAAACCGGAAAAUGUAGCAAAAAAUCGCUAUCGCGACAUAUCGCCAUACGACUGCACUCGUGUCACAUUGGUUAACGCCUCCAGCGGCGAUUACAUCAAUGCAAACUAUGUGAAUAUGGAAAUACCAGGAGGCAUUAAUCGCUACAUUGCUACUCAAGGUCCCCUGGCUUCGACAACAAGUGAUUUUUGGCGAAUGGUACAGCAAGAAAGCAGUCAUUUGGUUGUUAUGCUUACCACUGUCAUGGAAGCUGGCAGACAAAAAUGCCAUCAAUACUGGCCCGUGACUGGAGACGAAUUGCAAUUGGGUGAAGGUUUAUGUAUCAAGUGUCUAACUGAGAAGCCGGAUGAAACUGGCAGUUUUGUUUUUCGCGAAUUUCUUCUAUGCGACAGACGAACAGGUGAACAACGUCAUAUACAACAUAUGCAAUACCUUGCCUGGCCAGACCAUUGCGUACCAUCGGAUCCAAAUCUUUUUCUGGAAUUUGUGGAACGUGUGCGGAAUGCACGCAAUCGUACACUCUUGCAGGAAAUCGAAGAAAGCCUCAAGCAGGUCCGUUUAAUGGACGCCGAUGCUGAUGAAAACGGUGGUAUAAUGGGCGAACGCAAAUGUGCUGCAAGUAAUGGUGUCACUCCGGAAGAUGAAACACCAGUAUCGACUAGUGUCCAUCAAUGUAUAAGUGCCGCCAAUCCCCCUGUGAUAGUCCACUGUUCGGCUGGUAUUGGACGUACUGGUGUCCUAAUCUUAAUGGACACUGCAUUGGCCUUAAUGGAAGCUCGUGAACCGGUCUAUCCAUUGGAUAUUGUUCGUACAAUGCGUGACCAAAGGGCUUGUAUGGUACAAAAUGUGAGCCAAUACCGUUUUGUAUGUGAAUGCAUAUGUGCUGCUUACAUGAAGAUGUCUCGCAAUAGUGCAUUAUUAGCGCAAGAAGAAGGCGAAGAUGAGGACGACGAUGGUGAUUGAGACCAAUACGAAUGAACAGAGAGAUAUAAAUUAAGGACUUUUUCGAAAUAAUGCACGUGCCUCUCAACGGAAUCACAAUAAUAUUAAAUACCAACCAGCCCAUAAGAAAAAUACACAGUUAAACAAGAGAAAGAGGAUAAAAUACAUGCAUAUGGAAUAUAAUGGAUAAUACAUAUAUUUUUAUAUACAACUUACAACUAAACAAAAUUGAACUAUAUACACAUUUAUUUCUAUUUACAAUUACAACGCAUAGAGGACGACGACGUAUACGUAUUUUUUGUUUCUUAUCUUCGCGUUUCGGCGAAUCGGUUCAAUCCUUCUGAAAAGUUUGUUCAACAACAUCAUGUUUGUUCGAGUUCAAGAGCUUAUGUAUGCAUACAUCACUUCUUAUGCGUUUAUUACGUUAACCAACAUGUACUAUGUUAUAAUAAUUUUUACUUUAUUAUAAACUAAAUUUCCUAUCGCUGCAAAGGUAUAAAAAGCAUUUAAAAUGUCCAACAACAAAACUGUCGUAUCUCAACUUCCACCCCUAAAACCUACUUCCUCUUUUAUAUUCGAUAUUGGAAAAACGAUUUGUUAAACUUACUCUUCCUUGCUUUCUUCCUUAAAGUUAUAGUUUAUAAAUUAUUUUUAAGUGUAUAAUUGUAUUUUAUGAUUACAUACAUUAUAAGGUGUUUUGUCCAAAAUUCAAUUGUCCAGAAGCGCUAAAGGAAACUCCGUACCAAAGGAAGACUUUCCAAUUUUCAAAUUAUAUAGUUUUUAUUAGCAAUACAACACCCUUCAAAUAUGAUAAAUACACAAAACAAUUAGUAUUCUAGCACCAAAAAUAAAAAGGAUAUUUAUGAUAAAAUAAACAUACACAUAUAAUAGAGCGUAUUUAUUAUUAUAAUCAUCAUUUUACGAUGUAAUAGUUUUUCGAUAAAAACGUUGUACGAAAAUUGGUCCUUAUUUUAUAACAAAACCGAAUAAAAGAAACUUCCCAUAUUUGGUUUGCAGUGA